AUGAAUUUCAAGUUCAAAGAGACCCAUACCUUUGAGCAAAGACAACAGGACUCCUCAAAGAUAAAGGCCAAGUACCCUAAUAGAGUUCCGGUCGUCGUGGAACGUCAUCGUCAUUCACAAAUACCCGAUAUUGACAAACAUAAGUUUCUUGUUCCGGACGAUGUUACAGUUGCUCAGUUUAUGUGGAUCAUUCGAAAACGUAUUGAUAUCUCAUCAGAAAAAGCCCUCUUUCUUUUUGUUGAGAAGAAUAUGCCGCAAACAAGUGCCACAAUAGGUCAACUGUAUCAUAACUUUCACGAUGAUGAUGGUUUUCUAUACAUAAGCUACAGUGGGGAGAAUUCUUUCGGCUCCGGUUCAUAGCUUUAUAUUUUCGAAACAAGAUAUUUUUCUGUACUUGUGAAAAUGAAUGUUUAGUUUAAUAUGAAUAUACAUAAAUUAUUUUCAGCUUACGUUUGCUAACUUUAAAUAGUUUCUUUUUUCAUCUAUCCUCCAAAGCAACGGUGUUGUUUGCCAAUUAUGUGUUUUUUAGUGAGCUUGGAAGUUUUUUCCUGUUUAUCUUCCGAUUUGUUGACCGUUCUGCCUCUUUUGUCAGAUUUAUUCAUAUAUUAUGUCGGUUUUUGGUUCAGCGGUUGUGCACAACUGUGUUGUUUAAGAAAUCUAAGCACAAUGGGCUUUGAUCCGAAUCAAUAACUAAUGUUAUUCCUGUUUUGUAUGUAAUGCUCAUUAUUAGUAUGGAGUUUCGCAUUGCUUACUGUUUUUUGUUGUGGUCCAAUAAGUGAUAUUCUAAUUAUGUUAUAUUUUUAGAUUUUCUUGUUUCUCUGUGUUCAACUGCUAUUUUUAUUCUGUGUAUAUUGUUUAUGCAUUUUAGCAAUAUUUGAUUGUAUUGUUUAAUUUUCUCACUACUAAGUUACACAAACAGGUGAUUAUUUAUUUUAAUUUUUAUCUGUAAAUACACCUGGAUUAUACUAA